AUGAAGGCCAUUCGAAUCCAUCAAACCGGCGGUGUCGAUGUCAUUCAGUGUGACAAUGUUCCUGUCCCGAGCCUGGGCACGGACGAUGUGCUAAUCAAACCAGAAAUCGCCGGUGUAAAUUUUAUCGAUACUUACUUUCGCACAGGGCUCUACCCUGUUGAACUUCCAUUCACCCUUGGUCAGGAGUGCGGCGGCAAGGUCGCUCGUGUUGGCAUCAAUGUUAAAAACAUUCAACCGGGAGAUCGUGUCGUAGCACUCGUUGGCUCUUCUUUCGCCGAACGUGUCAUUGCACCUCGCUCUAAAGUUGUUAAACUACCUAAGGAACUUGACACACGGACCGCGGUAGCAGCGUGGCUUCAGGGUCUCACAGCUGUGGCGCUUACCCACACAUCUUAUCCUGUGAAGAGUGGGGACUACGUCUUGGUUCAUGCAGCAGCUGGUGGUGUUGGCCUCCUUUUAGUCCAAAUUGCUUCAUCUCUGGGAGCACAUGUAAUCGGUACCACUUCGACAACCAAGAAAGCGGAGCGUGUUAAAACAAUGGGUGCUGAGCAUGUUUUCCUAUACGAUGAUGAUCUCGUUUCUUGUGUGAAUGGUAUAACAAAUGGGAAAGGUGUACAGGUAAUUUACGACUCUGUCGGGAAAGCCACGUUCGAAAAAGACUUUGAUCUCGUUGCACGUCUCGGCACACUGGUAAGUUUUGGCCAGUCCAGUGGCUUGCCAGACCCUAUUGAAUUACAUCGUUUAAGUCCAAAGAAUCUUAAACUUUUGCGCCCCUCCCUAUUUGGAUAUGUUUCGACGCAAGAAGAGUUGAACUAUUACAGCAAAAUUCUCAUUGAUCUUUUAGUAUCAGACAAAGUCUACCCCGGGGUUUGGCGUGAGUACCUAUUGAGUGCCGAUGGCGUGAAGGAAGCACAGGAUGAAUUGGCCAGCCGCUCUACAACAGGCAAACUACUCAUCCGUAUUCCUCCGACUGCAGAUAUCUAG